CCUCACUCUCUCUCACUUGCAUUUUUAUCACUCUUAUCCAUAAAUCAGAAAUGUCGGUUCCGACAGCGGGCACGCUGCCCCCCUCGCAUGGCAGAGAUAACCAGGCAAUGGGAACGCCUUCAAGCCCCGGAUCUGGGCCGUCAGAGUUUGCCGAGACGGCCACCGUCCAGCUCGAGUGGCGACUCAGCGGCCUUCGGCAAAUGUACGAGAGCAGCAAGGGAGAGUCCAAGUCAAAGUGCGUCAAGUCUGCUGUUUUCGGCGACGCCGACAACCUGUGGGAAGUGCUCUGGUACCCCAACUCUGGCGUCCAGGGAGGCGAGUUUGCCAGCUUGUAUCUGUCGUGUGUGCCAACAACACAAGAGCGCGAGCAGGGCAUAGGCGGCAAGUGGUCGCGAAAGGGCAAGUGGUGGUUCCGCUUCGAGGUCAAGGUGCCCGAAGAGCGCAAGGGCCAACUCCUUGUCCUCACCUCCAAGGACGCGAGCGACCACAUGUUUGCAGUCAAGACGGCAAACUGGGGCUGGCAGCAGUUUGCGAAGCGUGACCAGCUGUUCCUCCACCCGGCUGUUGUUCAAGCCGACGCGUUUGUGAUUGUGUGCACAAUCUCGGCACAGCCGCAGCUUCCCGCCGGCUACUGGCUAGGAUUGAGUCUUCCGCCGCGCAGCCUCACGACCGGAACGACAGGCAGUGCAAUCAACACGUCACUCGGGUUGGGCUCGUGGGCUGGCGGGGACGGUGCGAAUGGUGGCGUGGCCGGCGGCACCAUGGCGGCCGGUGGGCCAAAGCGCGUCGUGCCGCGCGAUCUCGUGUCAUCCGUUGGUGACAUGCUUGAUGACCCAUUAUACUCUGAUGUCGAGUUCGUGAUCCCCGCACCCCGGAUCGACAGUGGCGGGUAUGACGAACAAAGGCCGCCACCACGCCGCAUCUACGCCAACAAGAAGCUUCUCAACCGGUGUCAGUACUUUGAUGCCAUGUUCCACGGCGGGUUCGGCGAGUCUGAGGGUGCUUUAGCAGACAUGGACCAGGAUCCGACGCUCGACCUGCUGUCUGACUCGGACGAGGAGGACGAGGCGCAGGAGCUGCUCGAGUCACCGCAGUACGCGGGCCUGGUGCCGCAAUUGCGUGACCAUUCGACAACGACAACGCGGGAUACCUCGCCCGCGCAGACGCGCCGCCUGUCGAGUGAGAGCGCCGAGCAGCCUACGCCCCGGCGUGGGGCGAACGCCGACGACGACAGCGAGGAUGACGAGGAGGAGGGUACGGACGGUACGGGAACGAGCGACGGGUCGAGCGAGGAGACGAACCCCGCCGACGCUUCAGCCGAAGGCUCGGUUUCAGAGAGUACUGCGACCGCGGCGCAGGAUGUUUCAACGGCCACUGAGCCAGUCAAGCGCGAGUCGCGCACGCGCACUAGGAGUAUCGGGAAUGCUGUGCUCGGGCCCAAGAAGAGCCGCGUGGUGAUCCGCGACGCGGCGUGGAGUACAUGGUGGGCGGUUCUAUACUUCCUCUACACCGACAUCAUCUACUUUGCGCCACUGUCUUCGUCUUUCGCUUCGUCUCGGCACCCGAGGCACAGCCGCAGCAACUCGUCGACGAGCAUCCCCACCAACGAGCCCCGUAAUCGUCGCGAAUGGGUUGCGCAGUGGCUGGCUGAGCGUGGCAUGAGCUCUGGGAUUGGCGCCUCGGACGCGGUGCCCGGCACGGCCACGAGUGCGUCUUUCAACUUCACUUCGACCUUGAACGGAUUCCCGGCCUCCAGCGACGGCGUCACUACGCUUGCUGUUGGCCCGCGUCCGGUCUCUGCCAAGUCGGUGUACCGCCUGGCCGACAAGCUUGGCCUACCGGCGCUCAAGCUCCGCGCGUACAACCACAUCAUCUACUGGCUCAAGCCGGACAACAUCCCCGCCGAGGUAUUCAGCCGCUUCUCGUGCACGUUUGAGGACGUGCGCAAGGUGCAGGUCGCGCUGUUCCUCAAGCAUUGGUCCGACAUUAAAAAGUCGGACACGAUGCAGAACAUCUGGAAACAGAUCCGCGAGGGCAAGCACGUCGGGUUCGAGGAGGUGUGGCCGUUGAUCGUGAGCCAGCUCGACUUCCGCCCGUCGUAGUGACGCGGCCGGAGGUGAGAAGGGUGGAGAGGGUGACAGCCCCGUCGGCUUGUGUGCCGGUGCCGACCCAACCCCGCCACCCCGCCGGUGUGUCACCUCAGCACCCUACUCUGCUUGGUGUGUCGCCUCAGCCGCGCGUCCCGCUUGUUGUGCCGCCUCGUCCCCAGACGCCAGCUCGUGCGUCACCUCGUCCUCGUACCCCCGCCAAUGUCCACUCUCGCCCUCGGACUCCAGCCAGUGUCCACUCCCGUCCCCGUACCCCCAGCGGUGUCCACUCACGCCCCCACACCCCCGCUCAAGUCCCCUCUCGCCCUCCCAUGCCAGUGCGCACUGUGUCCGCUGGUGUCCACGGUGUCCAUGCCCGCCCCCGAACCAUUACUACUCAUUCACGACCUCCUAUGCCCCGUACAUUGUCCUCGAGCGCUGCGAGCACUCUGUCGACCCACCCACCGGCGCACUCGAUGCGCCCCCGUUGUCUAUAGUCAUAUCUGUACAUGCAUGUUGUUGCCUGCGUC